AUGCCUCUCGACGAAGAGGGUGCCAAAUGGUCUUGUGAGCCAUGCAUUCGUGGUCACCGCUCGUCAAAAUGUCAACAUUUCGACCGAUUGAUGAUGAAAGUUCCGAAGGCUGGGCGACCCUUGGCCAAAUGUCCUCAUCCCAAAGGCACUUGCAGUUGCCAGAAGACCUAUGCAUUCAUGGUCCGGAUUCCAAAAGGUUCGACUUGUCUAUGCCGACCUCUCUACAAAGUACCCGCGAGUCCCAGCGAUUCAGAUCAACCUACCCCAACCCCCAUGCUUCCAGUCGCAUCGCCCGCGCUGGGCAAAAUCCAAAAAUCAGGAAGAAGACAAAGCCAUAUUCAUGCGGCACCCGAAAACAUUGUCAAGGCUCUAGAAGCUAUGCCCGAGCAUGUCAAACAAGAGGACGGGACAUCUCCUUUUAUGACAGGCCUGCCUCCUCAUCAACCCGUUCUAAACGGCAAUCAUUCGCCUCACCGGAAGUCUUCCUAUGCAUCUGCACCUGCACAUGCACAGGAAAGCAACGGAAUGCCACAGUCAGGUAAUGCUGCGAGUUGCUGUUCUUCAAAACCACCUAUACCCACAGCUCCUAGUGGUGGGUCUUGUUGUGGUAAAAAGUCCAGUGUGUCAGCGGUAUCUAGUCAUAUGGAGACACAGCAGCCGAGGACCAAGCAGCCUACUACAUGGAACGAUAUGUCAUACAUGAAUGUUUCGUUGCCCCAGAACUCAUGGCAAAAUUCAAGUCCUUCUACACAAGCAUCGUACAUGCCAUCUUUCGGGAUACAGGAACACCAGUCUUCACCCUAUUUCCAUAAUAUGGACAACUACUCGGCGAAUGCAUCUUCUGCCCAGUAUUCAAAUUUGAUGAAUGGACUUGGGAUAUCUCAAGCUCCCAUGGCUUCAUUUCCCAGUGCUGCUCACAACGGCUAUGCUCAUGCAACAACACCUGUCGGUGACCCUUGCCAUGAUUGUAAAUGUGGCGAUGAAUGCCAGUGCUUAGGCUGCGCAGCCCAUCCAUUCAACAAUACCACUCGACAGCACGUUCAGGAAAUGGGUGUUAUGAUGACCUUCGAUGACGAUGAACGCAGCCCUGACGGCUUUGCAAAAUCCUACCAACCCCAUUCUUACCCCAGUACCACUGCUCCGACUCCCUUGAACUUCUUUAUGCAGCAGACACCUUCUAUGGACAGUGCUAUGCACCACAAUUCCUUCGACCCAUACUCCAAUCCCAAUUCAGCCAUGCCGAGUGGCUACUCCUCCCCUCUACCGGCAGGCCAUCAACUGAACCAGCAGUUGAUGCAUCCCUCAGAGUACUAUACUCUGGAGUAUCCCGUUGGAAUACCGUCAGCGUGCUCCGACGUCACAGGCAGCUGCCAAUGCGGUAACGAUUGUAGUUGUGUCGGCUGUCUCACACAUAGCGGACACAACGGCGUGCCUCUGGAAGCACCUCUACCCGAACAAUCCGUCCUCAAUGGCGCCAAUCACCAAGUCCUUCAUGGAAAUCAUCUUACUUCAACUGAUGCUCAAUCUUCUCGCAUUCCUACAUUUGAGAACAUGUCAGUAUCAUGUUGUAGCCCGCGAAAGUUCGAGACAUCUAUGAUUUGA